AUGAAGAUUCGCGGAGUGAGGAAGUCAGCGCAGGGGGACGAGGAGCUGAGGGAGCAGGUGCAGCGGUGGGACGGGAUGAUGCGGGAGGAGGCGGGGCGGAUAUGCAAGGCGGCUGCAGUGCCGUUUGUGACGGGGUUUAUGGAGGCGAGUGGAGGGGGCGGGGCACACAGCCUCGUUGACGCGUAUGAACUCAAGGUUCGCCUACAUCAUCUCUUAGAGCGCUGGGGCCUGGUGCAGGACUCAAUGGCCACUGAGCGCCCCUCGCUCGUCCUCCCGCACCUCUACCUGGGCUCCGCCAUUGCUGCGCGCUCCUUCCCUCUGCUGCACCACCUGGGCGUGCGGCACGUGGUCACGCUCUGCCCCACUGACCUGUUAGACCCUGAUGCGGAACAGUCCCCCCUCUUCAACUACCUCGUUCUGCCAAUGUGCGACUCGGACCGGGAGGAUCUGAGCAAGUACAUCGACACAACGAGCAGCUUCCUGGAAGCUGCCAUCAGCAAGGGCGAGGGGGUGCUGGUGCACUGCUAUGAGGGCCGCAGCCGAUCCGUCUCGAUAGUGCUGGCUUACCUCAUGGCCAAGAGGUACGGUGCUGACGUAUCUGAUGAUCAGGAGGUGCGUGCGGUGGUGAAGAAGCAUCUGCUGGCGUGUCCGUGUGAUGAGCUGGUGCACUGCUAUGAGGGCCGCAGCCGAUCCGUCUCGAUCGUGCUCGCUUACCUCAUGACCAAGAGGUAUGUUCGCGCAUGCCCCUGGCACCGCAUGGGUGGUGGUGCUGCACUCCGCGGCUCGGCCCACCCCCAUGCGCAUGCCCAGUUGACUUUUGAGUCGACUCAAAAGUCAACCCAGGCGCAUGCCCCUGGCGGAGGCAUGGGUGGUGCUGCACUCCGCCCACCCCCACGCCGCCCCCAACACCGCCUUCCUCCGCCAACUCGUGGCCCUCGACAGACAGCUCUUCCCCCCCCCACCCUCCUGCGCCUCCCUUUCCCAUUUUCCCUCUUCCUUUCCCCUUACCAUCUCUUUUCCCUAACUCUUCUUCCUCUGUGCCCCCCCCCCCUGCGCCCCUUGCCUCCUCCCCCCGCCCCUCGUUCCCCACUCCCCCCUGUCCUUUCCCCCCAGGCGCAUGCCCCUGGCGGAGGCAUGGGUGGUGCUACAUUCCGCCCACCCCCACGCCGCCCCCAACACCGCCUUCCUCCGCCAGCUCGUGGCCCUCGACAGACAGCUCUUCCCCCCUCCCCCUCCUCCCCCUCCGCCUCCUCUUCUCCCUCCUCCCACCGCUGCCCCGACUCCUCCUCCCUGUGA